UCAAAUAUAGUUCAAAAUCUACCUUCAUUUUCUUCUCAUUUGAAUUUAAGUUGUACCUUUUAUUAGUUGAAGUAUUUAUGAAGCUAUAUCCAUUAGUUGAUCAAUUUUGUGAGGUAACUGAAGUAAUAAUAAUAUUGAGCUAAUUAUUAAGGAUACAUAAUUAAAAUUAUUAUAUUCUCAGUAUUUCCCUUUACACUUGCCACUCCCUUUCGGUUCCUACUAUUGAGGAACGUGUAGUUCUGUUAGCUACAAAUCUUCUUUGUAUCACUAUAUUAGUGCUUUGGAGAUAUCAAUACAGAUUAUCUUCCUCCACAAUCUCUCCUUUUGCAACAUUCUUCCAUGGUAUCAAAGCUAGCCACGGUCAGCUAGAUCCGAUUCAAUCCUUCCUCGUUCAUACUCUGCCCUUGUUUAUCACAAUUAUGUCGGCCUCCAUCAUUCCAGCCUCCAGACUGGCUACAUCCAAUGAUGAUCUAAUCAUCACCUUCAACCUUGCCGCACAACUUUCUCUGAAGCUCAAUCCAACCAAAUUUCACUCCUGGCGUUCACAGUUGGAAACGCUGCUGAUGGGGAUGGAUCUUAUCAGUUUCAUUGACAGCACCGACAUUGCCUUUCACCAACAAUCACGGAGAACAACACCACCGAACCCAAUCCUCUAUAUCGUCGCUGGUUUCUGACAAGACUAAUACUCCACACCCUUCGUUGCUCAAUUUCAGAAUCUUUGUAUUCUUAUAUCUCUAAUGCCACCACGUCACGCGAUGCAUGGCUGAUUCUUGAAAAAUUGUAUGUCGGUCGCUCUCAAUCUCGUCUCAUCAAUCUCAAAGGCAAACUUGCAAAAACAAUCAGGGGUGAUCAAGAUGUUCUUACAUUUAUUAAUGAUAUGAAAUUGAUUGUUGUCGAACUUGCACUGAUCGAAGCACCUGUAUCGGAUAUGCAUCUUGUGGUCCACUGUCUUCGUGGCGUUGGCGAAGAGUACAAGCACUUCACGGUUACCGUGCGUACCUGGGGGCACAAAAGUCACCAUCGAAGAAUUGAUGGAUUCUUUGAUUGAAUAUGAGAGUGAUCUGAAAGAACAUACUAGGUUGUCUUUUGUUCCAACAGCCUUUUACUAUUCCCUGUCACGCCGUGGCGGAGGCUAUUCUUCCUCCCGUAGUGGCAAUGACUGCCCACGACAUCAGCAGAAGGGACAGGGAUUUGGGCCUGAUCACUUUAGCCAUCAGCCUAGUCGAUCUUCCUCUCCGUUCUUGCCCACUCCCUCUCUUGAGUCCACCCACCAACGCCAACCUCCCACCAUUCGCCAAUAUUGCGAGCGCCUUGGUCACACUGUCCGCAUGUGCUUCAAACUUUUCCCGCAGGCCUGCCAGGCCUUCACUCAAUCCUGUCACUCUCAGGCCCACUCUACCCAGAAAACCUCUUACGGGCCUUGGUUAAUGGAUUCCGCCACAUCUCAACAUGUCACUGCCGACUUGGGUGACCUCUCUCUUUAUUCAGACUACUCCGGCCCCGACAAAAUUACAGUGGGAGAUGGAUCAGGACCUUCGCACGGGGGCGCACUUGCUGAAGGGGGCAAACAACGGCGAUGUCCAUGAAUUACCUCGUGAAGUGGAGAACAUAAGACUUUCCCUCGUUACCACUCGCACCUCUGCUACGGCGUGGCAUGCUCGACUUGGUCAUCCCUCUCAUUCAUCCCUCACUAGUCUCAUUCGAUCGUUUUCUCUUCCCGUUUUCUCUUCCCUAGCAAACCAUCCUUGUGAUACAUGUCUUUCCAAUAAAAGUCAUAAACUUCCAUUUUCCAUUUCAUCAUUAUCUAGUACUCGUCCAUUUGAUCUCAUGUACACAGAUGUUUGGGGCCCUGCUCCAGUUGUUUCCAUUGAUGGUUAUCGCUAUUAUUUGGUUAUCAUCGACCAUUUCAUUUGUUAUACAUGGUAUUAUCCUUUACGCCAUAAAUCUAAUGUUAUUCGCGUGUUUCUGGAUUUUAGAAAAAUGGUUGAAAUUUUUUUCUCCGCUACUAUUCGCCCUCUCUAUACGGAUGGUGGUGGUGGAUUUCAAAAAUUGCGAUCCGAUCUUCUAGCCAAUGGCAUCUCUCAUCUGCUCACACCUCCUCUGUAACACUCCGACCUUUGGGUUUAGGUUCGACCUUAAUACGUGUAUGGUUGGAUUAACGGUUACGUACGAAGGGGUGCAACCGUGAAUUACAUAUAAUAAUAGUAUAAUUAAAUUAUUAUUACUAAAGAAAAAAAAAAAACACUCGGGCCGAGAGGGCAGAGCGCACUCUCAUUAACCUUUCUUUCCCCACCCUAAUAAUCCCUCCAACAACUUAUUUCCCCCGCCGCCUGAUUCUUUGGUCCCCGGCAACAACGUGCGAGGAGAAGGGAAAAAAACAAAAGAACAGCGCAACAGCCCUUUCCAAUUCUCGGUCUCGCUCAACAGUAGUGGGAUCGAGCCAACCAGUAUUCCCAAGCAUCCAAAAGGUAAGGACGAUAAUCCCAAAUUAUUUCCAAGUUUGUCUGAACAAUCAAACUAACCCGAAUCCAUCAAUCGUUAAUCAUAGCUUAACGGCAAGGAAUCAGGGUUUAAUUGGUAGCCAAUCUGGGAAAUCGACGUCCAAGGCCAUCGAAUCUGAACCUAGGCACGUUCUAGAGGUAAGAAAACUCGAUCCCUUUGAGUUAGGUCGAUUGAUUUGGUUAUUUUUCGUGAGGGUACAAUUUUGGGUUUUUAGCAACAGGCGUUACAGGCUUUUAGUGACAGAUUUUGUUUGGUCACUAAAUCUGCUGGGAAUUUCUCGAAACGUAUUUUUAGAUGUUUUAAAUUGUUUCGAGCCUCUCUGAAGGCUGUUUUCUGAAUUUAACAAUUUUAUAAAUUGAGCAACGUCUAGGAGAUGAUUUUAAUUUAAUUUGGAGAUUUUUGAAGAUGUAUUUCUAUUUUUAGAAAUUGUUCGAGUAUUUUGUUUAAUUAAAUAAAAAUCUUUCCGAGGGGUUUUUAAGGGUUUGAUAAUCUUCCAGGGUAUAGGGGCUCAUGAUUGACAUGGGAAAAUUAUUGUCCAAAAUUAUAAGAAGGUUCAAGUUAGGUGAUAAAAAUAAUUAAGAAAAAUGGUCGUUUUUUAAGGGAUUAAUUCUAGAAAGUUUUAAUGGGGAUUAAAGGAUCCUUGGAAUGAGGUUCAAGGACUGGAGUUUGAGGAGAGGAUGUCCUAGUGAUUCAAAUUAAUAGGUUUCCCCAAGAUAAUCCGGCUAAGGAGGGGUUUCUUCGAAGAAGGAAUUAAGGAGUCAUCUUUUCGAGGUGAGUGUAAAGGGGGUAAAAUCUCUGUCGUGGGUCUUUUAGUUUCCGUUUUUCGUUCAAGUUGUUAUUUAGUUAAUUUUUCCAGUAUGCGCGAUAUGUGUGUGAGGCAUCCCACCGCCUGUAAGGGUGGUGGCUCGCGUUGUGCUAUGUAUGAAUGUAUGUGAUGUUGUAUGGAUUGAUGGUAUAAGGAACCCCCGGGCGGUCGGGUCACUACUGGACGGCGAGACGUAACGCAGUAGUUGACGGGCAUGGACUGGACGGCAAGACGUAACGCAGUGCCAUUGCCGAGUUUGGGUAUGCAACAGGACGCCGAGACGUAACGCGGUUGGCAUACUAGGGUAGGACACCGGACGGCGAGACGUAACGCGGUGGUCCUAGUGUUUUGUGUUUGAGUUAAGGAUAGAAGGCGAGCACUCUUAGGAGUUAAUGUUGAAAUGAGUUUAUAAGAAUGGUUAUUUAAGAGCAGAAAGCGAGAACGACUUUCAUGCGAGGAAGCAAACUCUAAUAAUGUGUUUAGGAGGAAGUUUGCCUAGGGCAAAGACCUUAGGAAGUAACGACGAGACUGACCCCUUCUCACUCACCAGGUGCAUAGAGGGGAAGAGGACGCAUCCAUCAAGAGGAGAUUACCCGAGGAGAGCAGUCGCGGCUAACCUGAAGAUGUCAACUGGAUCUGGGUAACGAGAUGGGACCUCCCAUUAUAUUUGUUAGUUUCAUGUCUUAAUGAUUAUGCUGGGGAAACUCAAGGGUUGUUUUUAUGUUUUGUUGUUCUGGGUUGAGGUCGCCCAAGUGUUUAGAGCAUUGCACUUGAAAAUCUUAAACAUUGUGGUUGUUGUUUUUGGUUGACUUGUAAACCUGGUUUGGGUUGCUCCUGAGUAACCGGUUUGUGGUUUGAGUUGUGGUUUGGUUUUCAAAAAGAGCGGGUUGUGUCAUCCUCCUACACCGGAACAUAAUGGCAUUGCCGAAAGAAAACAUCGCCACCUCGUCGAAACCGACAUUACUCUCCUUCAUCACGCCAAGCUCCCUACCAUUUUUUGCUCAUUUUCCUUCUCCACUGCUUCAUACCUCAUCAACUGCAUGCCUUCAUCCGCUCUGCGUGGUAAAAUCCCAUACACCACUCUCUUUAAUUUACUCCCCAAUUAUCUCAAACUGCGUGUGUUCGGUUGUCUCUCUUACCCUUGGAUACGUCCGUACACCUCCGAUAAACUCGAACCUCGCUCUCCCCUGUCACUUUCUUGGUUAUUUCCCCCAGCGUAGUGCAUAUAGUUGUUUGUACUCUACCACUCAUCGUAUUUAUUUAUCUCGACAUGUUGUAUUUCUUGAGACUCAAUUUCCAGGUUUCCUCACCACUGAUCCUACCGACCCCUCCCCCCCCCCCCCCCCCCCCCCCUUCACUGGAUCAUGAAUCCGUGAUUUCCCCCCCCCCCCCUCCCUUCACGACUCCUACUGCUUCACCACCAGCUGCUCCCCCCUCUACGGUCGCGUCUCCUAGGUUGGAUCCCUCCUCAACUUGGUCUACAUCAUCCGCUCGACCCACUGUCCCAUCGGCUCCGCCAGACCCUUUCACCCCGCCAUCUGGGCCUGCCCCUCCAUCUAGCCCGCCGCAUCUUCCUCAGCGCUCCACUCAAUGCGCAGCAGGGCCCAGGCCGGAAUUUUUCAGCCCAAGAUAAGAGAGUCUCCCAUGCGGCUCUCUCACCUCGGCCGCCCCCAUUGCAACCAAAAAACGUGGCUGAGGCACUGUGCUACAAAGAGUGGGCCGAUGCACUCUCUGCCGAGAAUCAGGCAUUAUUGGCCAAUUCCACCUAGGAUCUUGUCCCGCGUCUACCCCGUUAUAAUGUUGUGAGAAACCGCUGGUUAUUUCAGAUCAAGCAUCAUCUUGUCGGGUCUAUUGAGCAUUUCAAAACUCGUUUGGUUGCCAAGGGCUUUCAUCAACGACCUGGUCUUGAUUUCACUGAUACAUUUAGUCAUGUGUUCACCUGUAACUGUUCGCACGGUGUUCACCCUGACUCUCUCUCACGGGUGGUCCAUACUUUAGUUUAAAGAUAAUAAUGCUUUUCUCCAGGG